AGGGGCUUUGCAGCGGCUUUCUAAUGCCCGGCCAGGCUGGGGGGCUUUUAGAUCCCCUCUUCUUCCAUCCCUCGUCCUCCCCGAGGUCUUGCUUGCUGGGGAAAGAAGGGUCUGAUUCUAUCAGGGAGCAGAAAAACGAGAGUGCAGAGGAGGGUUUACUGGCUGACCGGCGUGUCCUGGGCCUUUGAGGCCGAAACUGUUAUCAAAAUAACAUGCGUAGCACAGCAGAAGUGCCUUGGGGAAGAAUAAGUGAGGGAAUGAAAGGCCCUCGCAUAGCAGGCGAGAGCUUGUCAGACUCUUUUCCCAAGGGUACAAAGGAAGGCCAGCUUGAUUUGUGGGGAAGGCAGUUCUGUGACAAAUGGGGAACUUGAUGAAACUAUUCAGCGCUCCGUGCGCAGCUGAAGUUGAGGCCGUUUGAAUAGCGAGCGCGGGGGCAGGGGAAGUGGUGAGAGGUUCGUUGCUGUUGAUGCACUGGAGUGAUUUUAAUUGGAGGCAAGUGUCUUUACAGAGAACAGUUGCACGGAGCUAAGAAGCAGGUGGCAAAUUCUGGCUUUUCCAAACCGGUAUCUAUUGCUAAGCGGCUGCGCUUAGCAGUGACUAAACAGAAAACUUGCGUCAGUAAAUACUCUGCUUCUUGCGACACUUCUCUCCCCCUCCCCCCCCCCCCCUUUUUUUUCUAGUUUCAUAGGAAGUCUGUUUCUAAAAUUUAGCAGCUAUCUUGUCGGCGCUACCCGUAUUUACUGUUUGCUAAUCUGUCAUAGAUGUCACACUAAAUUCCUUUUCAAAAUUGGCAAUGGUGCUGUGUUCCCUUUCAGUUAUGAAUAUGUGCUCACUGAGGAUAACUAUUAUUUAUGUGCAAUUUCUUUUUUAGAACUGUUUAAGGAGAUAAUCCCAUAAAGAUCUCUGCAGCUGGUUUACUGCUAAUGAGCCUUGGAGGGCCCUGUGGUGGAUGCAGAACUCCUGGGCAUGCUCAGGUUUGGUCCAUUUGGAGAACAUGCUGUUAAUGCCAGUUGGAUUGCAGUUCAGGAACUGGAGAAGCUAGGACUGCGAGAUGAUGUGGAUCUGCAUGUGUAUGAAAUCCCGGUUGAAUAUCAGGCGGUGCAAAGACUAAUUCCUGCAUUAUGGAAGAAGCACAGUCCGCAACUGGUGGUUCAUGUAGGUGUUUCGGGUAUGGCUACAACUGUAACUCUGGAGAAGUGUGGCCAUAAUGUAGGUUAUAAAGGCUUAGACAACUGCCGCUUCUGCCCAGGCUCUCAGUGUUGCAUAGAAGGUGGCCCAGAAUGCAUCGAUUCCAUUAUUGACAUGGACACAGUUUGCAAGAGAGUCUCAGCACUGGAGCUGGAUGUCACUGUCACUAUAUCUAAGGAUGCGGGCAGAUACCUUUGUGACUUCACUUACUAUACUUCCUUGUACCAGAGCCGUGGGAGGUCUGCUUUUGUUCACGUGCCUCCACUGGGAAAACCAUAUACUGCAGAACAGCUGGGUCGGGCACUACAGGCUAUAAUAGAAGAAAUGCUUGAUGUUUUGGAGCAUCCUGAAGACAAAAUCAAUUGUCAGCAUGAACACUGAAACUGGGCAGAAGCUAUCCUAGUAUUGCACUUCCAAAAUGUUCCCUGCUACUGAAGUACUGGGGAAGACAGUCUGUCUGAAACGUACAGAACAAGAAUUGGAGACUUCAAAAAUGAGAAUUCCACGUCUAGAAAUUGACGGUUUUUGUCAAAUGUGUGCAUUUCAGCCUAGGCAACAAAGGAUUCAAGAUCUCUUCUUUUGAACACCUGCGACUACUCAUUUCUGAAGUGACUGAUGUGUGUAUGCUGUGCUUUAUCCAGAGCUUAUCUGUCAGUCAAGUGACAGCUACUGACCGGUCUCGUACAGCACAGAUGGAAAGUUUCUCGUCAGGGCUUGGCAAUCAGGUGCAGGGAAUUGAUAAAACCAUCUUCUAAUGACUAGUUCUUAAGCUGAAAAGUUUGCUUUCAUUUUGUUUUGAUUGUCCUCUUUGGCCCAAAUUAUAGGUCAUAAUGUUAAAGUAUAACUGAAAAUAGUUGGAGCGGUGUGGGUUUAUCUGUUGUAAAACAGUACUUGUUGGAGACAAGGAGUCUUCUAAAUUGUUCUGCUAAAACUGAAAGAUAUUUUUAGGCACUGAUUUCUCUCCCACACCCCAAUUUCCAAAUAUUACUAGGGCUCUCUGUAAUAUGCUGGUUAACUAGUAGCUGCAAAUAGGAGGGAUGUGUUUUGGGUUCCUUUUGUUGUGAAGGAGGAGAUAGCUUUUUGUACACAGUAUGAACCUAACUUGCGCCAAAUAUUUCCAAAUGUCUUUUUUAUUAUGCUCUUGAUGCCACCUUUCUCACUCAAAUCAACCAUAUACCUCCUGUACAAAACACACUGUUUCGUAUGUGUAUAAAGCAAAUCAUUAGCGGUUAAAUAGCUUUGCUAAAGGCCACUUUCUCUGCAGGAGAUCUUUAUCCUAGACUCAUGGUGCUAGCUGUUAUUUUUAAGGUGAAGGUUGAGUAAUUUAUAACUUCCUUAGUUAUAAAUUUUCAUUCUCGUUAGGGGUUAGAUGAAGAGUAAUGUUUAACUGAAAUUCUAAGUUGCCACCUUGAUUUAUUAUAGGCAUAAAUAUGCUAACAUGUGGAUUCAAAGACAUUCUGCCAAAUCAAAUAUUCUAAAAUCUUAAACCUAUUCCCACUGUCUGUAAACCAGAGACAGUUUUUUUUGAAAACUAGGAGUUUUGCCUAGAAUGAGUAUUCCAGGCUGUUUAUUAGUGCCCCCCUCCCAAUGGGAGGGUGUGAAGUGCUGCUCCUUGUGUGGACUUUCCAAGUAAUUCAUUUGGGAAAACACGUAUACAGGUUCUGAGCAGGACUUUGAAAGUCAUUUAUGCUAGGAGUUUGGUUCCAGAUUACAGGACUCCAGUGAAAGACAGAGGAUGCCACAGUGGGAACAGAAGUAAAAUUGGUAAUUGAAGACCAGGAUGUCUCAUUAAGGAGUCAUUUAAGUGAGAAGGGCUGUGAUUUGAUUCUAAUACUUUUACAAAUAUAUAUAUAUAUAAAAGACUCAACAUUUUGAAACUUCUUAGAAUAUCAUUAUUUUAAUUUUUUUAAUUAUGAAUGAUUCUGCUAUAGUAUCUCUCAGUGAGAGCUGCUAUUAACCUGCUGUUUUCCAGUAGAAGUUUAGUGAAGAAACAAAUACCACUUCUCCUUGUAACUCUUGAGAGAGGAUGCAGACUUCUGCAGUUGUAAUAACUUUGCUAAGGGAAACCGUGUCUGUGAAGAUGUUUGGAUAUACUUCUGGCUUACCAAGGAAAAUGCUACUGUACUUUCUAUCAAAGGAAUUUGCCUUCAAAGUUAAUGUUCUCUUUUGCAUUCAAAUACAAAGUAGCACUUGUCAGAUUGCCAGCAGGCAGGCAGACCUUCUGAUUAGUAAUUUAUUAUAUUUAAUGUUUUGUUUAAAUAUUGGUGAUUUGACACAUUUUUGCAAAUAGUUAAGGUACUUAUCUUCUUGUAGGUUUAUUCCUUUAUCUAGUAAGAGGUUUUUGUCAUCAGUGUAUCUUAGCUGCUAAACUUUUAAAAAAGAAAUGGUUCGCGUGUUCUGCUAAGUUCCGCAAUUGAAUUCAGUAAUUUUCAGUAACGCUAUUUAAUUUACAUGUGGUAUUUCUGGUUGGGAGUAAAACGGGAGUGGAAGAGCGCUGUAAGGAUGGCUGUACGAAGGGCUGGUUGGACUAGCAGGGUAAAGCCCGCGGACGCUGCGCUCAGAAAGUCACAGGCAAGGUUCACCUCGCGGCUGGACCGUUUGGGUCGUGCGCCUGGUCGGUCAGUCUUGUGCUCCGUUAUUGAUAAACGUCUCCAGUUUGAAAUGAGAUGUGCCGUAUUUAUCAGUGUUUAUCUGUUGAAUGUUUUAUGCUUCCUUUGAGUGAUAUAAGCGGUCAGCCUUGGACAUCUCCGCUAGCGCGGAUGCCGCACCAGACUCGGUGGAGUUCACUAUACGGGCUGUGCCUGAGGAAGAAAACCUCCAAAUUCAUCAGCGGGGAAGGCAGAAGGCGGCAGCUGCACGGGGAGAACCGCUUUCCAAGUUAGUUUAUUCAGCCUGUGGAAUUUUUCCUGUUCAACACCUGUAGGUAUUCUUUCCAGAAGCGGUCCACCUUUGGUCCUCUCUGCCGUUCAAAGGAAAAAUCCGAGUUGAUUUCAGUGACUUCUGUUUGUCUAAGGACUGCGGUAGUUGACCUUCUGCGUGUCAGUGUUAAAAUUCUCAUUUUUCAGAAAUACUUUGCUUUGAGCAUCAUUUUAAACUGCAUCUCCUCAUAAUCGGUUUUUGUGACGCUUCCAUGUGAUCGGUUUGUUAGACAACGUUAUUUAUUUUAUAAUCUUUUUGUUCUUGAGAAUUAGUCGUCAGAGAUUGUAUUUGUAAAGGGUGUCUUGGUGGUAGAGAAAUUUUGUAUAGCGGAACUUUUAAAAAUGGCAUUAUACUAAUUUUAUUUAAUCUGAACCUAAAUUAAAUACUUUUGUUUUUUAAAAGUUUUUUUUGGUUAGAUUCAUUAAUUCAUAGUGUCUUUCCUAUAGCUGCAUAUUUUCUUUGGAAAUAUGGCAUAAAAAUGAUGCAGAGCUUCAAAGAGCUGAUGUUUUGUGUAAUGCUUGCUAUCUGCUUUCUCUUCCAGAUCAUCAAUAAAUAGAAUUGCUAAUUUGCACUGACUGGGAGACCUGUUGCCAACCACACAAAUUUCCGUGCUAGUAAGUGUAGGAAGUCAGGUUUAGUGUUUAUUGCUGUGCCUGCAAUUUAUAAAAUGCAAACACUGAAAAAGUUUUCGAAUCCUGUGACUGCAAACUUGUGCCUGAUAGCACACUUCACUGAGAAAUGGGCGUGAGAAUAUUUCGCGUAGAGGAGAGUAUUAGGGAGGUUCCGCUGUAUUGGGCCUGAUGUCAUUUUAGGUACUUGCCAACGGCUGGAAGCAGGGAUUGGCUAAAGAGUGGGUGAAGUUUGUUGAGGACAAUUUAAUAUUUUCAGUUAUUAAAUGCUGCGGAGGAUUUUGAGGAACUCCAGAUACUCAUAAACUGCUUCGUAAACUGGUGACUGUGAUGUCAGGAGAUAAUUCCUUUGAGUUGAGACAUGGUAAUCUGCUUUAUGAAACACAGCAAAAAGACAGAAAAAAUCCUGUGAGCUUGAAAGCUUCUUUUCCUUAAGACUAAUGGGUCUGUGACUGAAGGUAAAGGCCCGUUGUACAGAAGCUAUCUGUUUUUUGGCAGCUUUUGGAAAGGAUGUCAAAAUCUGUAAGAUCGUGUGGAACAGUUCAUGCUUAUUUGGAGGACUUCCCGAUCUGAUUGCUUCCUCUGAAACGUGGUAGUAGUGGGAAAGGACGAAAAGGUCAUGAGGAUGGUUAGAGGUAUUGAGUGUGGUUGUGACAUGAGACUGCAGCCAAGAACUGUUUAGCUUAAAAGGUUUUUCAAGGAGGGAACUGACUGAGGAUGUUCAAAAGUUUAGGACUUGAAAACUGACCAGUGGUUCUGCUUUCACCCUGCUGACGAGGGAAAUUCAGAGGCAAGGUGUCUAGAGAAAACGUAAAAGAAGUGCUGCUUGCUGUACCUCGGUCGUGGGAUCCGUUGGUGACUCCCUGCAGAAAUGGAGAAGGCAUCUGUCUGCGUGCAGCAUCACAUCUUAGAGCGUUGCACAUUGUCACUGUUGCGUUGGGUAGGGUUGCUGGCCGCAGCAGCAGAGCUGACUUGCUGAGCCAGGGCUCUGAUCUGAUGUGUCACCUUUAUCUCCUUAGGGUUUGUACUGCAAGUACUGUGGUGAGCCAGGUAGGAACCCGUGCUGUUGGUUUGCAUGUACUUACCUAGACAGUCUCACUUAGAUGUAGCAUUCAAACUGCAGCGUGUCUCUCUUGCUGUUCUGCCAGUUGUGCGGGCGGUAUUUAACCUCUCAGUGCCUCCGUCAGCUGGCGAAAGGUGUUAUUCCAGGCUGCUGUCACUCAGUGGCGUACCUGGAACAACAACCCAAGAGCUUCCAGGCCUGCAGACUUGCAAAUGGACAGCACAGACUCCCAGUGUGGUUAUUUUUGUUAAUGAAAGGUUUUUAAAAACUUACGAGUCUACUAAAGUUUAUUUUAAUCCUCGAAUAAUCUUUGUUUGAUUGAGAGUGUGAUUCAUUGACCUUGCAUGCCGGCUUUCUUAUGAAAUGUAUAAAAGGAAUUGCGGUAGGAAGAGCUUCCUAAAACCAAAUAUGGGAAAAAUAUGUAAAUGAGUUGAACUGGUAAUUCCCCACUACCGCAAGAGCUAGCACUAGACUAAAGCAGCUGUUACGAUUUGACCAUGUUAUAUCAUGGUUUAACUAGUUGUGACUUGUGCAUCUUUUUAACUUAUAGUGUGUUUCUAACUCUCUAACCAUGCAAUUUAUGCUCAGACACUAAGCUACUUCAAGAGUGGGUGGUAGUGUUUGAAAACUAACUGGAAACCGAUGUUUAGACAUAGAAAGUACAACUGUAUAUUUUUUUAAUUAUGAUUUUCGGAAUUCAUUCUGCUGUGCAAAUAUUUAAAUUGUUAGCAAUUGAUUUGUGCGCUUAGAACAUGCUUUCACAAAGUAACUUCACUCCUAUUGUCUCCUUUCCUUGCUUUAAUAUGCUAUCCAGUAAUAUUUUAAUGAAAUUUCAGAGUUGCAAAGACUUGUUUUCAAACUUUAUUUGUUGGCAUGGAUAAGAUAUCACUAGGUGAUAUCAUAAGUACACAUCUCAAACUAAUGUGGAUGGAUUUCUUAUUUUUGCAGCGGAAACCCUAAUGUUCUGUGGUAUAAAAUGCACUUUUUCUUAAAACCUUGUAUUCAUGUCUCAUUAGUGUCUUAUCUGACUAAAGUGACAGUUUUGCCAAACCUGCAAAGUAGAAACAAAGCUGAGGAUACUGUUAAUUCUUCACCUUAUUCAUUGAAACCUGAGAUCUGCUUCUGCUCAGUCUAUUUUGAGACAAAAUAGAGAGAACAAAAUGCCUCCCAAUAAAUAGGAAUUAGAUAGAGGAAAUGAAACUAUACACUGCCCUUAAAUAAGUCUGUGCUAUUUAAAUGCACGUUCAGGUUUUAUAUUGCACCAGCUUCUUGUAUUGCAAAUGUUUACUUUGAUAAAACAGGGAGUGCCUUGUCCUGUACUGGGCUCACUUUUGGAAAGCAGAAUGGCGGUGGUGGGGACAGAUGAGCCAUUUGCACAUGAGGUGGGUGGAAAGACUGGGCUUUUGUCACCGGGAGAAACUACUGAACUUGCUCAGUGUCCCCUUUAUCCAAAUAUGCGCUUUAGAAGCUGCACUGAAUUGAGUUCCUGAGGUUUUCUGAAGCACAUUCAGACCUGAGAAAGGAAAAGCGGAAUAUUUGCUACUUACUUGUCGUUGUUGGUUAGACUGGCCAAAAUCUUUAUGGUUAUUCUGUCUCUUUUUUAAGGUUUUGUGUUUUGUUCGGGUUCGGUUAUGCAUGUUACAGCAUCGCUCAGCCUUUUGGGUCCUCCUUUUUGUUAAUUGUGGUGAAAUGAACAAUUGUCUGUUUGGGUAUCUCAGGUGUUGCCAAUCUCAUGCUUAUCGGGGCUCUUGGAGCUACGGUUAUAAAAUCUGUUGGGGCUUCUGUUUUUCUCAGUGUGUUCUUGCAGUGCCUUGUAAAACCAAACAAUCUAGUGUGUCACAAAAGGGCUGUGUAAUAAAGAACCGUUAACAUACUUUCAGCUUGCUAUUGCUAGACUGGACUUUGUAACUGAAAAUUUAAACUGAUAUUUCAAAGUAAA